AUGAAAUACAUGUCUGUACUACGACCAAAAUUAGUGUUAAUUGGUAAUCGCUGCUAUCGAAAAAAUCCUCAUUAUAUUCUUGGAUUGAGUAGUGACCAUGCAGAAGAGGAGACAAUCGAAGAUUUUAUCAGUGAUAAAAAUAUUGCUGAUGGUGAUGGAGACGAGAAGUCAACUACCACUGUUAACGAUAUGUAUGAUGAUGAAACAUGUUCUGUGUCAAUGAGUACAACUGAAUCGAAUAUUAAACUUUAUAAUGAUGAAACUAAUGCUAAUAUCUAUUAUAAUAAAAGACAGAAUGCGUACGUAUGUGAAUUAGAUGUUUCCCAAGCAUUUUUUGGUGGCAUUAUUGGAAAAUCUGGUGAAACAAAACAACGUAUUGAACAGGAUACUCAAACUCACAUUCAACUUCCUCGACGUAAUGAAUAUGGUCCAAUAAUAGUAAAAGGAUUGAAUAAACAAAUGGUUCAAUCGGCAUGUACUCGUAUUCAAUUGAUUAUUGAUCGAUCACGACAACAACAACCAUUUACACAUUUUUUAUCCAUACCCAUUUGUAUGACAAAUAAUUCACUUAAAGCAAAAAUAUUAGAAUUUAAACAAUUAAUAAUGGAUCAAUGUGGAACAGAUCGUGGAAUUAGUGAUGAAAUAUUUCAAAAUCCAAAUAAAUUACAUUUAACUAUUGGUACAUUGGUAUUGAUGACUGAUAGUGAAGUUGAAACAGUAGCAAAUGUAUUAUAUAAUUGUGAAAAUACAUUAGUUAAAGAAUAUUGUAAUAAUAAACCAUUUGUUGUUCGAAUGAAAGGUUUAGAAUAUAUGAAUGAUGAUCCAAGUUAUGUUGAUGUUUUAUAUUCAAAAAUUGAACUUGUAGAUCAUUCACAACGUCUUCAAUUAUUUGUUGAUCGUUUAAAUGAUAUGAUGUUAUCAACAGGAUUAAUGAAACAACAAUUUGAACGAAUUAAAUUACAUGUAACAAUAAUGAAUUCUCUUCUAAGAAAAGAUCAUACGGGUAUUUUACAAGCACAAAAAACGACUGGAGGACGAGUCAAAUUUUCAGAUAGAGAAUCAUUUGAUGCAAAAACAAUAUUGAGACUAUUUAGUACGUAUGAUUUUGGUGAAUUAACAUUAGAUGAACUACAUUUAUCAAUAAUGCAUGAACCAAAUAGAAAAACAGGAUAUUAUGGAUGUACACUCAAAAUACCAUUAAGAUAA